UCUGGUUUGAGACGUUUGAGACGGAUAUUUCAGAGACAUUAUCAACAAAUAUACCAGUUUAUUCCGAAAGUAAACCACUAAUAAAGGUUUUAAAUAUACCGUGCGAGGCUGUGAACUGCUGAAUCUCCACCAUGUCUUGGAAUAACAUUCCAGGUUUUAGUUUUCUAAGAUACAUGAUCCUGGGAAAGAAGACUGUGUCUUUGAGGAAAUUCUUUGUCCACUUGGCGGGAAACACUAACGGGGCUCAUCAAGAAUUUGUUGCCAAACUCAAAUACAUUGGCAAAAGUCAGGUUUACUCUCAUGGAAAAAGUGACUUCAUCGUGAUUUUCUGUCCCGUCGUUUCACGAGUUGGAACAGAUGUCGGUGAGGCCCUGAACAACAUUCAAGAUGGUAAACCAGUGAUUCUGGUGGUGAUGCAUCACACCUUCAAUCCUGAACAAGUUGUGGCUGAAAGCAGGAGACAGGUGGCCAACCCGAACGUCUUACUCACUGUGGAUUGUCUGUUCCAUGAGCCCAGCCUCCUGAACUGUAACCUCAAUGAUGACGCUUGGUUGAAGGUCGAGGCAUUGGUUGGAUCCAGUUCAUUGGUUCCUACCUGGAUAAGAAAACUCUCGACCAAAAGAUGGUUGCUGUUGAUAGGUUUAUGUGUGUCUGUGCCUGUGUGGUGGUUGUGGCCUUGGUGUCAGUCGUUGUUGAUGGAGUGGACAAGAAGUGAACCUGAGAGGGCUACUGCCAAAACGCUGGACAGGAUUUUUCCUUCUGUAAAGAGUCAACAUUAGAAAAAUAACAUUGAAAUUCACAUCCUACUUAUAACAAAAAACUGCCAAUAGUGGAAAAGUAUCUUAAGUUUUUCCUAAAACAGUAUUGACAUGCUCAGAUGAACAUUGAAAGGGUUUUUGGGGGCUGUAAUUGUUCCUCUUGUCCAAACUGGCCUAAAAGAAAUCCUUCCUCAAAGGGUUUUAAUGUAAGUGAUGGAGGACAAAACUGUUUCAUGAGAGUUUAAAACGUGGUUAAGACCAAAGUUUCUUCACAACACCAAUAGUUGUGUGGCAUGUUCAUGUUUAAAUGUGUGUGUAGUAGACAAAACAUCCCUGUAAAAUAAUGAUUGCUUCUGCUUCAUGCGAUGUAACAUAUGAAGAUUAUAUGUUGUUCCUUCAUAAAAGAUAAAUAAAAAUGAUCCAUCAAAGUGA